AUGAUCCUUUCACUGAAUCAUCAAAGGCAAGAUACGAGGAGGCUGAGAGAUGUUCCAGAGGAAUCUGAGAGGAUAACUGUGGUUCAAGGACUGAGGCGAACCGUCGGAGCUACGGCUGAACCGAAGGAGUUCCACCGUGCUUCGCCACUAGAGAGAGAACAAGCAAGAGCAGCUGGGGUUUCACAUUUCGGGUCGAAUGGUUGUCUGAUUCCAAAGGUGGAGUUUGUGGAUCCUGUUGGAAACAGACUUGGGCUUCAGGAUGCCAAGGCCCAUUCGACAGCAAGAGUUAGAGAGACAGGCUUGGGCCAGCGAUCUGGUAAUGGCUCAAGAGGAGGUUGUUGCAUCUCCAAGGCAAAGAGGAAAAGGAAACAAGAAGAAAAGAAAACAAGGGAUCUAUAUAAGGAGGAAGACUUCUUUGAGAUCAUUAUCACCGUGAUCACAUCACAAUGGAGUUUGGGAUCAAGAGUAUCCCACGAGAAGUACCAACACGUUACUGGAAACUCGUUAAUUGCUUGUGUUCUUACUUUCUGCAAAUCUACACAAAAAAUCGAAUCACUCAGAAGACAAUUGAGCCAGCUUCCGCGAGUAGAAUAA